UACUCAAGGGAAUGAGCCUACCUACAAUUUAGUGUUAUGGCGUGAAACCGAAACACGGGAUUAUCUAAAGGGAGUCUGGAAGCUUGAAAAAAACACCAGUAGCCUAAACAACUGCCAAUAAAACGGAAACGGAAAUGCGUUUUUUUGUGUGUGUUGUUAAUUUAAUGGUCACAGCUGGGUCCCAUUCCUGUUACUAGCGUAUUCCAGUAGCCUACCGGCAUAGGCUACAGACAGGUUUUGUACGGUUGUUACAAUUCAAUGCUACAUAAUAAAUGAUGCAGACUGAAUAGACCUUCCAAACAAACACAGGUAAAUGGCUAACAAACAACGAGAACUCCCAUCCUGGAUGGGAAGGAUGCGUAAAGAAGGCGACUGCUUCACCAAAAAAGUUACAACUAAAGCAAAAAAGAAGCUCUCUCCGAGGAUGACGGUCUAUCUUCUGAAUGAACGUGAACUCGUGCAAAGCGCUCUCGUCUUCGGGGACGUGGAAGACCGAAUAUGUAAAGGACUUUCAGAAAAGGUAUUCAAAACGGAUCUUCCAGAAGACAGAAUACAAGAAGGAAUCAACUCUUGUGAGCAGGGUGCCUUUGAUUUAAUGUGUGCAAGGACAUGCAUUUCAGAAGCAUGGUUGGACACCGCAGACCUAGAGACUCUCCCUUAUGGUAGUAAUGACCAGGGGCACAAAUCAGGCAAUGAGAACUGUGUAACCAGUAUUUUGACAGAGCAUCCUGAUACUCCAUCUGAUGAUGAUGCUUUGAAGCUUGUGAGGGAGAUUUUUUUCAAAUGACGGAGGCCUUUAUCUUUCAAGACUAAGUUCAUUGGUCACAAUUCGGACAGAAGCCUGCAUCUUUAUAGGUAAAGCACUGGAAUGGAAUAAGAACUUUCCUGUAUAAAAUGUGUACAUGUAUUGAAGGAUGGUGAUAUCACAUACUUUAGUUUGCCCACAGCACUCAAGUUGUGGCCAGAAUACAAAAUGGUCAGUGUGUCUGUACCACCCAUACUAUUUUAAUUGACCUUUAUUCUACAUUUGUUGUGAAACUCUUUUCAGGCUAAACAAAAGGCAUUGUGAUGUCUCAUUAUGCACAUGGUCACUAGAAUCCAGACUGUGCAGGGCUUGUAUGUCCUAGGAAAUGAUAGUGGCAUGAUAACAUCCCUCUGUAGGACAGCAUCAUAUUAAUAUAGUUGUCCUAUAAGUCAAGACAUUAAAACUUUCAUGUGAAACAAAAUUCAUUUUUAUUUUAAAAUAUCAAAAUAUAUACCCAUAAACCUCUUGAUACAUCUUUUGUAAAAGAUUAAGUUGAUUGUUUUUAGCUACCAGAUGAGACUAUAAGGUUUCCCAAUCAAAGUCAAAUGUAAAAUUCCAUGACUUUUCCCUGACAAAAAACUGAAAUUCCAUGAACUACUAUAUAAUGAAUAGUAUAACAUACCAACCAAAGAUUUAAGAGCAGCUGCAGAGCGUUCAAGAAUCUUUUACUUUUUUAGAGUGGAAGAUGAAUAAAUGGGCACUGAAUAAACAAAAUUGGGCUAACCACAACUACUCAAACAAGCAGUAAAGCCAAUAACCAGAUAUACACCAAUUCUGCGGGGAAAUAUCUGUUUUAAUGUAUUUUGGCAAGUAAAUUUGAAACCGCUACAACAAAAUUGCUGAUAUUCCAUGACACUGCCCCAAGAAUGAUUAAAUUCCCUGACUUUCCAUGUCUGGAAUAGACUUUCUAAAAUUCCAUGAUAUUCCAUGAUCCGUGGGAACCCUACCUACCCUCAUUUCCCGAAAAAUGGAAUUUCACAACUGCAUUUAAUUGCACAAAUCAUGGAAGUACAGUGUUAGAAAAAUAUAUCUUGCAUUAGAGGUCUCCUGUCCAUACAAUAACACCUCUUAUCAUCCAACGAGCGACAGAGGAAAGCAUCCCCACUCUGACAACAGCAUCAUCUCCACGGGAUCUCCUGCCAAUUCACCGCAGGUUUCUAGAGCAUUCACGCCGUAAACAUCUGAUCAAAAUACGGACUGUGGCUCCUGUGUCCAAAAGUUCUGCUGCUUCAGAGGGAUCACGUGACAAUUUGAACUCUCCCACUCCUCCGCAAACAAGUCAAUUCUUCAAAUGGCACUUCUCAAUGUGAGAUCUCUAUCCAAUAAGACAUUUAUUUUUGAAUGAUUUUAUUUCAU